CGUCUUUCCAACUCUUCCUCUCUGUCUGUCUGUCUGUCUGUCUGUGUGUCUGUCUGACUGCCCGUCUGAGGAAACACAUCAACAUGCUGUCGCUGCUUCUUCACACCUUCACCUCCAUCUGGUUCCUCACAGCCCGUGUGUCAGCAGUCACCACGGAGACGGUGGUGGGCGUGGCCGGGAGGAGGGUGAAGCUGCCCUGUCGGUCGGAGGCGGCCAGCCAGAGAGGAGUGGAAGUGUGCUGGGGGAGAGGAGAGCCAUCACUGUUCACCUGCCACAACACUGUGAUCAACGCAGCUGGAGAUCAGGUCUCAUACAGGAAGUCCUACAGGUACUCUGUAUCUUCCUUCUCCUCUCUGUCCAUCUAUAGCUCUCGACCAUCAGACGCUGGUUUCUAUCACUGCAGAGUUCAGCUGCCCGGUCUGUUCAAUGACCAAACAUCCACCGUUCACCUUAUCAUCAUCAACCCUCGAUCUGUGGUCUCUGAAACCUCUGAGCGCUCAGACAACUGGGAUGCUGAGAACCUGAACACACCACACACUACAACAGGUUUCAGCAGACAAGACGUGACCAGGCAGACAGGAAGUGAUGUCACUGGAGAAGACACCACAGGGCCAAUGGUGUUGCUGGUUCAGUCGUCUGUCCAACAGCAGCAGAAGGUCGACAGUCUGCAGAGCUUCAUUGGAAACACAGUGAGGGUCUCCUUCGUCGUCUUCAUACCUGCACUGCUGCUGACUGCCGCUUACAGAUUUUGGAGGACCAAUCAGAGACCAGAGACUGACAAGAGGCUGAACCAAUCAGAGGAAGAAGAGGCGUACAGCUCUGUGUAGAGUCUAUUUGCUGCUGUGAAACAUGUUUUCUGUUUGAGUUGUCUCUUCACUUUUAGUCCAGCUGGGCCACCGUACAGACCUUCAUCACAGCUGUCAGAACAUUAUUCAUUGCUGAAAAAAAUCAUCAAUGUGCUUUUUUCACUGUUGGAAUGUAACAAGGUAUAUUUACUCAUUUACUUUCCAUUUGUAUGCUUCUCUCUGCUUCUACUCCACUACAACUAAAAGGGAAAUGUACUUUUCGAUCCAGUACAUUUAUCUGACAGCUUUAGUUACAGAUCAAGAUUUUCCAUAUUAAAGUUAAUGAAAGUUGUUUUGUGACUUUGACAUAAUAUCAAUUCCACCAAAGACACUUUUCUCCACUGAACAUCGCACAUUGUUAAUUUCGAAAACUGUUCAAAUGAGCCAGUAAUUCACAAAAAAAUAAAAGAUGAGUGAAAAAAAUUGAAAAUCAA